UGUGAAUGUUUUUGUAAAUUGCGUUGAUUGUUCUGCACCUGUGGUUCCACCUGCCCUGCGGAUUUGAGUCGUGGCCGAGCGUCGGAAUGACACCUUGCCUACACCAACGCUCCUUGCCGUCGCAUUCGCAUUACGUUUCCCAAACCGAUUUGUUUAUGCAAACACGUCCAGGAUGGCUGCGAAUGGUGGUCAUGGAAAUCGCGACAAAUCCCGGGUCUGCCGUGUUCCGCCAUCAAGGAUGUUAACACGGGGUAGAAAAAGCGAUGAGGAUGAUUGGGAUGAAAAAAUGUGUGACGCCAUCAAAAAGGCGGGUGCUGAUCCAGAUGGUAUGAAUGAGGCAGAGAAGAAGUCCUUCUAUGCGGCAGUUGUAAACUCUCAAGACGAUAAUUGUAAUAGGAAAAACGAGGAUUUAUAUCAGAACUCUCCUGGAAGUCCCAGUGAUAGACCUGAGCCAUCUCCUGAUGUUGAAGCUGAAACUUCCAACAAUGAUGUAGUCAUGGAAGAAAAUGUGGGGAGACUGAACAAAGCGAUAACUUUCGGUCAGCCAGGAACAAGUCAAUCUCCUAAGACUGCUGGCCGAGGCCGAGCCAAACCAGUUAGGACUAAAUAUCCAGUCUUAGACAUAAACUGUAGUCCUGGACAGAAACCUGACUCCACCUUAGGUCCUCAAGCAAGCAGUAAACUUAACAAUUCAUCGAGUCAUCUCGCAAGUCCUGGGAGCGCACACAGUCCAGCGAGUGUCUCUAGCUCUGGGUCUCCGCCUCCAGUUGUUCAAAGAAAUGGUCCUGGGUCUCCAGAUGGCACCACUGUUGGCUCUGCUGGCUCUCAUAGUCCCCCAAGCCAAUCUUUCCAACAGAAUUCUCCUGAUAUAUACAGUCAGGAUUUGUUUGACAACUUAUUGGAAGCUGAGAAAGAGGGUCCUCAAGGUGACAAUGAAAUACUAGUUGAUGUCGAGUCCCGGGGUCCUGAAGAAACAGCUGUCUGUGACAUUGAGCCUGACUCCCCAGCCUCUGUUCAAGAUGCUGGUGGAGAUGAAAAAGAACCUGUAAAGACCAUUUUCAUCGGAAAAGUUGCUGCUCAGGUCAGCCCGUUGGAAUCAAUGAACAGAGGCUUGCCACCCAAUGGUUUUUCAGACUUUUUCCAAGACUUGGAGAAAUAUAGAGGCGACAAGGCAUUAUGGAUGGCCAAAGCUAAUGAAAAGGUGAGAGAGUGUCGAAUAGCAUUGUGGAAAAAAUUGAAGGAAGAAAAUCCUAUUUGGGGACCACCGAUUACUGAUGGUGGCAGUUUCAACAAACGGACCCUAUUCAAGGAGACGACUCCAAAGUUCAGCCAGCUUUUCUCUAGUUCUCCCGAAACUCAAGUUGGGACCACAACAACUCAUGGACGAGCGGAUCGUCAGUCCAAAACAAGAGCAGUGACGAAAAUACAAGAAGCAAUGAGUGAAGGCCCCUUUGAAGAACCAGCAUUUCAUAGCCUUAGGAAGUCACGACACAAUGACAGCAAAAAUCAAGGGCAUGGAAAUAGGCCACCUAACAAUGCUUGGAUCUCUCGGAAACAGCAGGAUGUUGAAAUUAAUGACAUUGAUUGUACAGAGGACACACCAUCUGCUACAAGUUCUGAUAAAUGGGCUAGUAAUAGGGAUGAGCAGAGAGGAAAGUCUUCUGAUGGUGAUUUUGACUUCCCUUCGGAGCCAGCCAAAGUUAGUGGCUCUUCGGAUCCGUACGCUUAUGAUGAAGACGACGAUAGUGAUAUUUGGGAAAAGCAACAGACAAGAAACAAGAAGAAUUUUAGGAAAGGUGGCAGCAGAUCUGCCCAAGCUGAUGUUGACUGGGAGCCCAAAGGGCCUCAGAGGCCACGAGGUGCAGGCACGUCUCAACAAAGCCAGAAAUCAAGAAAUACUAAACUAAGACUGCAGAAGGGUCAAAUAGCACCACCAAACCAACAUGGACAAAAUCCAAGGCCUAAAGGUGGCAACUCUCAACACAUGGAGGGAGAAACUAAUGCCCGGAAUAGUGCAAAUAAUGAGGGGCGGUGGUUUAGAAAUGAUGCACCAGGAAUUGAGGAUUCAUCUGGAUCUGGAAUUUCACCCAAAUCAUUUUUCGCCAAACCUGGGCAAUCUAGGAACUCCACUCAGGCCAGAAGAUCUAGAGAUAAUCCAAGACCUGAUGACAUGCCCUCUCCUCCCAGUACAUCAGAGGAUUCUCCUGACAAUGUUGCGUGCCCACUCUGUGCUGAAAUAUUUCCUAAACAUGAAAUUCAGGUCCAUGCCAGUGAUUGCUGUGGUCCUGGUGGUGGUGGUGCUGAGGGGGAAAACCUUAAUACUGAUGAAGAUCAGGAUGGUGAAGAACCAGACAAAGCAGUUGUAGAAGUGAAAAGUGUAGAAUCUACAGAGGAAUUGAGUUACAUAUUGUGUAAACUAUGUAAUCACCGUUUUACCAAAAAAUCAGAAUAUUCUAAACAUUUUAAGGAGUGUGUUGAAAUUCAUACAACACCCUCAAAGAAAAGAGCAAAUUCAAUAGAUGAUGAUGGUCCAGUGAAAAAAACACGGUGUGGGGAUUAGUCUCACAUCAAAUCUUGAUACAACUUCUAUCGGCUCAACUGCGGUGUUUGUUUUCUUUACUUUCUCUGAAUGCUUCAAUGUCAUGUAAUGGUAGAUAAGUUUCUGUUAGUUUGUUUAUGCAGGAUAAUAUCCUCUAUUGUGAUACCUUAUUAUG